AUGCUGACCCGGCAGUCAGCUGCUGAAAAAGCCGCCCGGAGUUGUUGCCGGCCCGGGCCAGAUGACACAUCACGUGACAGGGUCAGGGACCAACCUUCCGCGCUCAGAUUUUUUUUUGCUCCGAAUUCUUCCAUCUCUUCCCAGAUCACCAACGCUCUCAACUCACCCUCUACUCUCCCCCCGUCCACCCGCUCUUCUGCGUCUUGCGCAUUCAUCACCGUCGCAAUGGCCUCUGCUUCCGCUGCUCUGGCUCAGGCCGUCCCCGAGAAGAAGCCCGAGGGCGUUUCCCUGUACGCUCGUUUCGCCUUCGCCGGUGCUGUCUGCUGCUCCGUCACCCACGGUGCUUUCACUCCCGUCGAUGUCGUCAAGACCAGAAUCCAGCUUGAUCCUGCCACCUACAACCGUGGUAUGAUCGGUGGUUUCCGCCAGGUCAUCCAGAAUGAAGGUGCUGGUGCUCUUUUGACUGGUGUCGGCCCAACCUUUGCCGGUUAUUUCCUCCAGGGUGCAUUCAAGUUCGGUGGAUAUGAGUUCUUCAAGAAGCAGUCUAUCGAGAUGCUCGGUCUCGAGACCGCUCGCCAGAACCGUGCUCUUGUCUACUCUGCCUCUGCUGCCAGUGCCGAGUUCUUUGCCUCCAUUGCCCUCUGCCCUCUCGAGGCUACCCGUAUCCGUCUUGUCUCCCAGCCUACCUUUGCCAACGGUUUGAUCAGUGGUUUCGGCAAGAUCCUCAAGAACGAGGGUGUUGGUGCCUUCUACAGCGGAUUCGGACCUAUCCUCCUCAAGCAGAUCCCCUACACCGUCACCAAGUUCGUUGCUUUCGAGAAGGUUUCUGAGACUGCUUUCUCCUUCCUCGACAAGUCUAAGCUCUCCGAUGCUGCUCAGACUGGUGUCAACUUGGGAUCUGGUCUUAUGGCUGGUUUCGCUGCUGCCAUUGUCUCCCAGCCAGCUGAUACUAUGCUUUCCAAGAUCAACAAGACCAAGGGUCUUCCUGGUGAGGGCAUCGUCUCCCGUCUCAUCAAGAUUGCUGGUGAGCUCGGCUUCCGUGGUGCUUUCGCUGGUCUUCCUACUCGUCUGUUCAUGGUUGGUGGUCUUACUGCUGGUCAAUUCGCCAUCUACGGUGACAUCAAGAAGGCUCUUGGUGCCACUAACGGUGUUGAGAUUGCCAAAAAUGAGGGUGGCUAUAUCUUCAGCCAUUUUCAUUUUUUCUUUCAAGUUGGAGAGACGGGCUCCCUUUCUUUCAUUUCAAUCACCCUCCCUUUUCUCAAGAUGCGGUGCCCUCCACAUCCUCCGCAACUUUAG